ACGAGUCGCCGUUGGUCACUUGCACUUGGUCACACUGACGAUUUUGUUUAAUGUUUACGGUUGCUAGGCUCCAAAAAAACUUAACGAAUUGUCGAAAUUAUGCGAUAGCGAAUGUGCAAUAAGUUCAAAAACUUUCAUAAAUUUUAUAGUGAUUGUCGCAGUGUGUAUAUGUACGCGAGUGUUAUUCAGGUAUAUCAAAGUUUCCCAGAAUCAUCAUCUAUAAUAAUGAAGUGAAUUCUACCAUACAUGGCAACUGUCAGACAGCAAAAACUGGAACAACAGGUGAUAAAUUUAUGUUAUAACUGAAAUUGGAAAACUUACUUGCAUAGAGACAAAUAUUGGAGCAAAAAAUGAGGCAGAAAAGAUUCACUUCUGGAAUGGUUCAAGCAACAGACAUUGUUCAAAAAACACGAUAUAGUAGACCAUCGUCCGGAAAGAAAGAAUUACAUGGAUACGAUGGGCCAUUGCAAUACACAAUGAUUCAUGGCAAUCCAGAUUUAAGUGCAGAUGUUAUUCAAUUGACUCGUAGUGUAUCUGGUGGAAGCGAUGACAUAGAUGAAGAGAGCAACGCUUCCUAUAACUUUUAUCGCGAAGAAGACGAAGCUGACGACGAAUCCAUUCCAGUGAAUACUCCAUCGUCUGAAAAUGGGCACGUUUUUGGUACCAUAGCUCCAGAAAUAAUUCAAUCUUCUUCGUUCAUUUGUCAUUCGGAAUCGAUUCCAUCAGAUGUUGUGGAAAGCGAUAACGAUAUUCUAAAUAAUUUAAAUUCAUUUGUAUUGCAACCGGCUCGACAAAAAGUACAUUAUAAUUGUCGGAUAACGCGUGAUAGAAAGGGCAUGGAUAGAGGAUUAUACCCAACGUACUUUUUACACUUGGAAAAAGAUCUUGGGAAAAAGAUAUUCUUAUUGGCUGGAAGAAAGCGAAAAAAGAGCUCAACUUCCAACUAUCUGAUUUCGACUGAUCCGACUGAUUUGUCCAGAGGCAGCGAAUCAUUCGUUGGUAAAUUACGGUCAAAUCUACUCGGAACUCAGUUCACCGUCUUCAAUAAUGGUAGAUCACCUUUUAAAAGUUUCAAUGAAAAUGAUAUUCCUAGAGAAGAAUUGGCUGCAGUUGUUUACGAUACAAAUGUAUUAGGUUUCAAAGGACCAAGGAAAAUGACAGUUUUGAUUCCAGGUAUGACCCACGAUCAAAAACGUGUUCAAAUAAUACCUCAAGAUAACACGGACACUAUGCUAGAAUGUUGGAGAUCAAAACGAAUGGAUAAUUUGAUAGAAUUACAUAAUAAAACACCUACAUGGAAUGACGAUACGCAGUCGUAUGUUUUAAAUUUCCAUGGCCGAGUCACGCAAGCAUCGGUUAAAAAUUUUCAAAUUGUUCACGACAGUGAUACCGAUUAUGUAGUUAUGCAAUUUGGACGCAUCUCGGAAGAUGUCUUCACAAUGGAUUACCGUUACCCUUUAUGUGCUCUUCAAGCGUUCGCUAUUGCUUUGAGUAGUUUCGAUCAUAAAUUAGCAUGCGAGUGAUAUCAAAAUACAAUUUUUACUGUAGAUACCUUCUGUACAUACAUGCGUAUUAUGUACCUAUCAAGUCGCUGGUUCUGAACUGUCGAUAGUUCUGUUUAUCGAACUUAAAAUUUUUACUCAUCAGUCAUAUUGAUUAAGUUAAUGUUUGAACUUCAUUUAAAUUGUGAUAGUAUUUUUUGUUCCUCUAUGUCAUAAUCUAUCAAAUGGGUGACUAUGUUUUAAUUUCUAUUCUUCUACAUUUCUAAUCAUUUAGUUACAUUACGUUUUCCUUUAAAAGGAAUUUGAAUAAAUCUUGCAGAAUUUCCAACAUAUUUAAUGGCAGAUCGGUUUGAGAUUUUUGAUCAAAUUAGUUGCAAACGGUUAUUGCGAUGAACUUGAAACGAUCAAAUGAGUUUCUCUUGAAAACGGCUCUUGUAAUGAACUUGAAAUUUAUUUAAAAAUAUGUCUCGAAUAAUAAACACUGCCUUUAAAUUUUCUUUCAAUAUCGUUUUUAAAAUAACUGACGUUUUCUCAUUCGUAUUAAAAUGAUUGUAUGCUUUUUUAUUAUUAUUUCAUCGUUGUAUGUAUGAAUCUCACUCCAUCAUUCUGAAUGAUACUGCUUCUUAUUGAUGUUAUUUUAAGAAUAAAUUCAUCAUGCUUCAUAUCAA